AGCAAUAGGAUUAGAGAAUCAGUAAAGAGCCUGAAUCCCUAACUCAUGCUGUUGAUCUUCUUGCACGCCGAGAGACCAGCACGGUAGCCGUUUCUUUAUCUUUAUUUUAACCUGAAAGCAGUUUUUUAGAGCACAACAUUCAGCCUAAAUGGAGAUUCUGUGGAGUACAGUUGUUAUCGUUUUUCCCUGACUUGAUUGGGACAAAACGUUUUUGUUUGUUUUAAUUGGUUUGUCUUCUGACAAGCUGUCACAAUGGCAAAUGUAAUGCCAAGGUUGAAAGUGCUGAAAAAGCGUCGCUCCAGUCUUUUUUCAACCAUAAAACGGGAGUUAAGCUUUUCACAAAGCAAUGAAGAACAGGAGGGUGAAUUUCCCUUUUCACAGGACAGCUCUGUGAAAGCAUGGACAUCUAUGGACAACCUUAAUGCACCUAUUGAGAAAAAAGGUGCAACAAAAGAUCAGAAAAAACCUGUAUCAAACCCAAGGAAAUCAAACAUUGUUAAGCUCAACGUAGGUGGAAAGUUGUUUCACAUCCCAAAGAAGUUGGUCCUCAAAUACCCAAAAACCAGAAUUGGAAUCCUAGCCCUCUGUGAUGACCCAGCCAAGCGGCUGACGCUCUGUGACGAUUACAACGUUCGGAACGAUGAAUUCUUUUUUGACAGGGACCCCAUGUUUUUCCACUACAUAUUCCACUUUUAUUGCAGUAAUGUCCUGUGGGUGAUGGACAGUCUCUGCCCUGUCAACUUUGAGGAAGAGUUGACAUUCUGGGGGUUGAAACUGAAGGACACUCCAAGGUGCUGCCGUAUUCUGUUUGAGGAGAAAGUGGACGACAUCAGAGACCAACUGAAGGUGAACCAGGAGUUGAUUGAUGAGAUUAAGCCUCACCAUGAUGGUGAGGGAUACAAGAAUAUGUUUCUUGGAAGCUUUCGGAAGAUCCUUUGGGACUUGAUGGAGAAUCCUUACUCCUCACUGUCAGCCAAAGCCUUUGCUGUGUUUUCCAGUCUCUUUGUGCUUAUCUCUAUUGUUGCCAUGACAAUGAACACAGUAAAUGAACUCAGGCAGUACAAACUUUAUGGCAAAACCUACAUGGAGUGGGUAGAGGUUUCUUCCAUCCUUUUCUUUGCAAUGGAGUACUUUUUGCGGUUACUCACCACAUCCAAUAUCAGACAUUUUUUGAAGAGUGCUCUCAACUUUGUGGAUGUGGUGGCUGUUAUGCCAUACUUCCUGCAGAUCGUUUUUGAGACAUUUGUUAUGGAUUCAGAAGACGUAGGUGCAAAGGAAGAUUUGAAGACCAUGGCGAGGGUCAGUAAAGUCAGCAAGGUGCUGAAGGUUGUCAAGUUGAUGCGCAUCUUCCGUAUCUUGAAGCUUGCCCGUCACUCCACAGGCAUGAGGGCGUUUGGUUUCACCAUCCGACAGUGCUCUGAGCAGGUGUGCUGUCUGUUUCUGUUCAUUGCCAUGGGCAUCUUCACCUUCUCUGCUCUGAUGCACUCUGUGGAAGUGGAUCAGCCUGGGACCCCGUUCAGCAGCAUACCAGAUGCCUGGUGGUGGGCUGCGGUGAGCAUCUCUACUGUGGGCUACGGAGAUGUCGUACCUAUCUCCUAUCUCGGCCGCUGUGUGGCGUUUGGCUGCAUCUCUUUUGGCAUCAUCCUCAAUGGCAUGCCCAUCUCCAUCCUGUUUAACAAGUUUUCCGACUAUUACGCCAAACUGAAGGAACAGGAGUACACAAUUUCAAACACAGAGCGCACCUUCCAGCUGAGGAAACGUAUGAGGCGCAAGUUUGACAACUGCUUCUCACCCCAGCCAGAGGAGUCUGAUGACGACAUACACUAUCGGCCCUGUGUUAGUCAAACUGUCCAUGAGAGGGAGGAUUUAGCUGCCCACUAGUUGUGACCUCGCUCACCCUAAAUGGCCUUUUCACUAAUGAGUCCAGAAAGUGUAAGACCCCAUCUGCCUCCAACUCUGAGCCUAUGUGAUUUAAGAUGAACAAUCUAGGGAAGGGGGGGGGACAAAAGCAAGUUAAGAUAAGCUUAAAGCUUCAGCUUUACAGUGAGUGCUGUUUGCACGCUGUGGGUGAUGGUGACUUCUCUGUCAAAUGGACAAGAUGCUUCCCCGCUGGACAGCUUGUUGUCUGUUUCCAAGAAUAGCACCUCAGCACGGAAACUUAUUCCAGCUAAACUGAGAUAGAUGUUUGACACAAAGAGGUCAAGUAGUUUCAAUAUUAAUGGGAGUGUGAUACAGAGUUGUUACAUCUAACUUUAUAUUCUUAAUACUUUGCACAACAGAAUAACUUUGAUUUGAAUGGCGAGGACUUAAAUACCAACCGGGUGUAGUCAUUGUCUUCCACUUUUUAGACUAUACAUGGUAGAAAAUACAAGUCCUCCCCUGUGCAAAGCUCUUCCAUGUGCCAUGCUUCAUGAUUCGGAAAAAUGGUAAUCUUGUAAGAACAACGUCAU